AGACAGCAGGGGAUGUGAGUGUAAACUUCCUGCGGCAGCGCGGCCUCUGUUCCUUUAAACUCUCGGUUAUCUACUGGAACAAAUGUCUCGCUGCCAUCAUCAAGUCCGGCGGAGGAGGGAGGAGUUUUUAAUGUUCAGUUUGUUCUAUGAAUCCAUGUCUGCUGGCAUCGCCUCUCCCCGCGCUGCACCGUGCGUAACACACCGAGCCAGCCUCGUCCUUACGCGCAUCCCCCGCACAAGUAAAGCCAUCGGCGGGACGCACCGACUGACUGACACGCGUCCAUCCGCGUUUCUGAUGGACAAAAGCGGAUGGUGAGAGGAGACGGCUCGCUUCCCGGAGGAGGAGGAGGAGGAGGAAGGUGAAGCCGCGGCUCAACAUCUGCUCCUCGCGCAGAGAGCCGCUCCUCCGUGCUGGAUUUUCUCUUCCUUUUGUGUCACAGAAGUCGGAGCCAGAACAGACUCUGCGUGCAUGGACUAUCCUAGACCGCAUUCACAUUUCACCUGGGCUCACUCGUGAACUGUGCGACUCCAGAAAGAGAAACACGCGAAAUCCCGAGCGCGCGCGCACCCACGCACGCACAGAAACACAGAAACAUGCCUCGGAGGAAACAGCAGGCUCCCAAACGGGCUGCAGUGUACAUGCCUGAUGAAGACGCUGUUCUUCAAGAUUCCAUCACUGAAGAAGACGGUGAGAAUGACACUCAGACGGAGGAAGAGUGCUCAGAGAAGACCAGCCCCAAGCUGUCCGAGGACAGAGACCUGGACAACAAGAGCACCCACACCUACAGCAACCAGAAUUCCCCAAUUAGUGUCCUUUCAAAUCAAGAUGCAGACCUGGAAUCGCGCCUUAGCGACAGCAGUGACAGACUGUCAGACUUCAAAACCUCCUCACCGCCCGAGAGUCAGAGGGAUGAAGAAAGUCGAGGCUCAAAACACAAAGAUGAGACAGGUAGUAGCUUGGAAAAAAUGAGGGCGGCCUAUGCAAACUUCCUGUCUGAUUCCUACUGGACGGGGAUUGGGAUGGACUUAAAAAAUGCCAACAAAGCUAACUGUGACAGCACAAAUGGAAGCAGCAAGAGCGAGUUUGACUGGCACCAGGAUGCACUCUCAAAGACCUUACAGCAGACGCUCUCCCCCAAACCUGCAUCCAAACCUAACCUUUUCAGCUCUGUCCACCUAUACAGGCAGACCGCCAAGCCCUGUGGCUCCGUGUUCACCGGAGCAAGCCGUUUCCGAUGUAAGGAUUGUAGCGCUGCAUAUGACACCCUAGUAGAGCUGACUGUCCAUAUGAACAAGUCUGGUCACUACCAAGACAACAACCACAAACAGAGUAACUCCUCUGCUUCGUCUUCUAAAUCUAGGAAACGGAAUUUGCAUGAUGUGGAGGGGAAAGAGGAUGCACAGAAGGUUUUGAAGUGCAUGUUCUGUGGCCAUUCAUUUGACUCACUGCAGGAUUUGAGCGUCCAUAUGAUUAAAACCAAGCAUUACCAAAAAGUGCCUUUAAAGGAGCCGAUACCAGUCAUCACACCUAAGCUGCUCCCACCAGCUAAGAAAAGAGCCUUUGAAGCAACAAGACCUUGCUCCCCAGACUCCACCACCGGUGUAUCCGGAUACACUGAGGCUCAACGGACCGCCAGCCUUUCAAACGCUAACAACAAUCGCUACGGAUACCAGAAUGGUGCAAGUUACACUUGGCAGUUUGAGACAUGCAAGUCUCAGAUUCUCAAAUGCAUGGAGUGUGGAAGCUCCCAUGACACCCUUCAGCAGCUCACUACACACAUGAUGGUCACCGGACACUUCAUCAAAGUCACAAACUCGGCUUCUAAAAAAGGCAAACAGCUCACGCUCGAUCCCCUGGCCGUAGAGAAGAUACAGAGCAUAGCUGAGCCUGCUGCCAGUGAUAGUGAAGGAGAAAAGAUGUCUACGAAAAAUCUCUCCCCUGCGAGUGGUGAGAAGGAUGACCAGGGGGAAGGAACUUCUGACAAAACAGAGGAGAAUGAAACAAAAGAUGACAAGCAAGAGAAUGAAGAUCAAAAAGUGAACAAUGGCUCUUUUAAAUACCCUUACCUCCGUGAGGAGGACCUUGAACAAGAGGCGAGUGGAGGAGGGGACAUCCUUAAAUCCUUGGCCAAUACAGUGGCCUCUGCCAUCAACAAAGCCCAAACAGGGACACCAAGCUGGAGCGCCUACCCGAGCAUCCACGCUGCCUACCAGCUCUCUGGUAUCAUCAAAAACGCCCCUCUCUCUGCUUCUCCUCCUGCUCAGCUAAAGCAGACAUUUAACCACAAGCUGAGGCCAAUUGCCCCAAAGGGGAAGUUAUACCACGGUGCCGCGGGAGUCGAGGCUCCUCAGGGACCGCAUCAAAACAUGGACAGAAAGAAAGAAAAGGUUGGCAUUAGCGAUGGUAAAGAAAGUCAGAAUAUAAAGUUUGAUCAGUUGGAGAAUGAUGACAGCGAUUGUCAGGAUGAUUCCUCUUCUUCUUCAAAGCUUGAUGUAGACUGUGGGAAUGAGGAGGGCGACGCGAUGAAAGGGAAGCUGAGCCCAGAUUUCUCUGACAGAGGCAAGACGCCGAGCCCUGCUGCCAGCAAUGGACGCAGCACUACAUCAGAGCCUCUCAGUGACACUCUGGAUAUACUUGGCGUUAACCCUCUUAGUGCAUUACAGUCAGUUCUCAACAAUCAUCUGGGUAAAGCAAACAAGCCCAAUAAUGCAAGAGUAGAUAAAAUAUCUGCACACGCACAGUCUAUCUUUGCUGAUUUUACUCGGAGCAGUGAGAAAUCAGCUUUAAUGCUCAGAAGUCCUGUAAGAAAUAGGCCUGAUAACCCAUUUCUACUAGUGAACGACGACCAGCCAAUAGACCUGACAAAAUCUAAGCACAGCAAGGCCAGCUCUUUGCUGCUGCAGCCCUCUGCACCAAUGCCACAGAAAUAUGCUCUGUCAGACAUUGCAGAUAUGGUCAAAGUUCUGCCUAAGGCCACCACACCAAAGCCUGCCAUACCGUCAAGGCUUGCCCCCAUGAAACUGGAAUCAGACGUCCGACGCUUCGAAGACGUGUCUGCUGAGGUCUACUCGGUCCACAAGCGCAAAGGCAGACAGUCCAACUGGAAUCCUCGCCAUCUUCUCAUCUUGCAGGCUCAGUUUGCCUCCAGCCUCUUCCAGACAUCAGAGGGAAAGUACCUGCUGUCCGACCUCGGCCCCCAGGAGAGGAUGCACAUCUCCAAGUUCACCGGAUUGUCCAUGACCACCAUAAGCCACUGGUUAGCAAAUGUAAAAUACCAGCUUCGGAAAACGGGAGGGACCAAAUUUCUGAAGAACAUGGACACGGGCCACCCAGUCUUCUAUUGUAAUGACUGUGCUUCCCAGUUUAGGUCACCAACCACAUUCAUUUCCCACCUGGAAUCCCACCUUGGAUUCCAAAUCAAAGACAUGUGCAAAAUGCAGGUAGAGCACCAGACCAAGUUCGAGGAGCCCGAAAUGUUGAAGGCUCUGAGUGUCCGAGUCCCUGAGGCUCUGACCACGGAGGAGGACAUGGACUCUAAGUUCAAAUGUAAGCUCUGCUGUCGGACAUUUGCCAGUAAUCAUGCAGUCAAACUCCACCUGAGUAAAACUCACAGCAAAUCCCCAGAUAACCAUUCACAGUAUGUGGAAAUGGACAAGGAGUAGAAUUUCAUAUUAUUAUUGCCACCCCCCCCCCCCCCCCCCCCACCCCUUGUCAUUUCAAUACACGGGUCAGAUUUUUCAACCAUGCUUUUUAUUUAACAUUAUGUAGAGUACGUUAUCUUGACUUUUUUUUUUUAAUCACCACAUACAGCAAAAAUACACUUGUUAGAAAUUGUGUAAGUAAACACUCAGAGUUCCUUUUGCACCCAGCUCUAAUGCACCACCAGUAAUGAAAUGUAUUACUGCUUGAAGAAACAUAAUUGCUGAUGUUUGCAUGCAAUAGCUCUGGCUAUGACUACUAUUUAUUUGUAUAUGUCAAGUUUCAAUUGUACUUUAAACACAAAAUAAUGAACUAAUUGGACUACUUGUACAACCUCUGUGACACACCUGCACAGAUGUGCAGCUUGGAAGCAGGUAGCCUGAAACAUAACACACACGCAGACCUGUACAGUAUCACUAUGUAAAGACAUUUGUGUUGUUAUAAUAGAAGGAAAAAAGCACUUUAAUAAAUGUUUUAAAAACCAGUUUAGAUGCAAAUUCUGUACAUGACUCAAAAAAAGUUUGGAGAUUCCACAUGUAAAUAUAAUUUAGGAGAGCAAAAACGUCAGUUUCAUGCAACAAUGAGAACAAGACAGAUCUGUGAUACCUGCACCUUUUUUACUUAUUCAAAUAAAGAGUUAACAUUUGAUAA